CUGGAAACUAGACCGAGCCGUCACGGUUAAUAACCAACUAUGGAUAUGAACGAGAGAACACCGCUUACACAACGCGGGUCUACCGCUUUCGAUAUUGAUGUAGAUGAUUUGCGCCAUCUCAUGGCCCAUCGGAAGGAGGAUGUCGUGAAGCUUCUACAUGAUCGAUUUGGCGGUCUCAGUGGUCUCUGUAGAAGCCUGAAAACAUCUCCGACCGAUGGUCUCACGGAAGACGACUUCACCAAGCGGAAGGAAAAAUAUAAUGUGAACGUGAUCGCGAAGCAACGACCAAAAACCUUUUGCGAGCUGGUUGGUGCUGCUCUGCAAGAUUUAACCCUGAUCGUUUUGAUUGUGGCUGCUGUGAUUUCCCUCGCCUUAUCCCUGUACCUCAAAUACGGUCAAGCCACCACCUUUGACGAAUCUGAAGGUCAGGCUGGUUGGAUUGAAGGUGUGGCCAUCCUAAUUGCCGUGGUCGUGGUUGUCCUGGUGGUUGCUUUGAAUGACUAUCAGAAAGAGAAACAGUUUCGUGGUCUUCAAAGCAAAAUUGAAUCUGAGCAUACCUUCUUUGUCAUUCGAAAGGGUGAAACCAAACAGAUCCCUGUGCAGGAGAUCCUUGUGGGUGAUGUGUGCCAGGUGAAAUAUGGUGAUUUAUUGCCGGCCGAUGGCAUAAUUAUCCAAUGUAAUGAUCUCAAAGUAGACGAAAGUUCUUUGACCGGCGAAUCGGAUCAAGUGCAGAAGAGCGAAACGAAAGACCCAGUUCUUUUGUCUGGAACACAUAUCAUGGAAGGAUCCGGGAAAAUGGUUGUGACUGCUGUCGGUCCAAAUUCCCAGGUCGGAAUCAUUUUCGGUCUUCUCAGUAAUCCUCAGGGUGAUGAUGCUCAUGGCGGCAAAGCUGACAAAAAAGGCAAAAAGGACAAGAAAGACACGAAUGCAACAAAGUCAAACGACAAAAGUACUCCCACAUUGGAUGGUAGUGUGCCCGCGGACAAGGCAGUGGGUGUCAACAAGGGCGAAAAGGCGACCAAGCCGACAAAGUCUCGCCGAAAGGAACAGUCAGUACUCCAAGCGAAGCUCACCAAGCUGGCUAUUCAAAUUGGCUACGUUGGUACCUGUGUUGCAGUGGCCACUGUUCUCAUCCUGGUCAUCAAAUUCGCAGUCAUUACCUUUGCGCAGAACAAAGAACCAUGGCAGACAGGAAAACAUUUGAAGCAAAUUGUCAAUUACGUUAUCACAGGUGUCACUGUCCUGGUGGUUGCCGUUCCUGAGGGUCUCCCCCUUGCAGUCACUCUUUCACUGGCCUAUUCUGUCAAGCGGAUGAUGAAAGACAACAACUUGGUUCGUCAUUUGGAUGCUUGCGAGACAAUGGGCAAUGCGACCGCGAUUUGUUCAGACAAGACGGGCACACUAACAACCAACCGCAUGACAGCAGUUCAAUGUUACAUUGGCGGUCAUCAUUACAGGGAGAUACCGAAAGAAACGCAGUUACCCAAGUCCGUGGUCGAUUUGAUCGUUUGGAAUAUUUCAGUCAACAGUGGAUACACAUCAAAAAUUCUACCUCCGGACACUGCUGGUGCCUUUCCGAAACAGGUGGGCAACAAGACAGAGUGUGCCUUACUCGGAUUCGUCCAAAGCUUGGGCCGAAGCUACGAAGAGUUGCGUGAACAAUGGCCGGAAGAAAAGCUGUACAAAGUGUACACCUUUAACUCAGUUCGCAAGUCAAUGAGUACGGUGGUCAAGGAGCGUGACAAUCCCUUGACAUACUUGCUGUUCAACAAAGGUGCCUCGGAAAUGGUUGUAAAAUGCUGCUCAUGGAUUUUGGAUGCGCAUGGUAAUCCGAUCCCUUUCAAUCAACAAGAUCAAGAAAACCUCACAGCUUCCGUAAUUGAACCAAUGGCUGGUGAAGGUUUACGUACCAUCGGUAUUGCCUACAAACGUAUUACUUUCGACUCGUCUUCUUCCUCACCGAACGAUAUGGUGGUGAAGUCCGAACCGAACUGGGACGAUGAGGACCAUCUUUUGGAAGGCCUUACAUGUUUGGCCAUCAUAGGUAUUGAGGACCCAGUGCGACCCGAAGUUCCUGCUGCCAUUAAACAAUGCCAACGAGCUGGCAUAACCGUACGCAUGGUGACUGGGGACAAUGUCAAUACAGCCCGAGCGAUUGCAUCCAAAUGCGGUAUACUACAGCCGGGUGAAAACUUCCUCGUAUUGGAGGGCAAAGAAUUCAAUAAGCGCAUCAGAGAAAAGUCAACUGGCCAUGUAUCACAGGCACUGUUCGACAAGGUGUGGAUCAAUCUUCGAGUUUUGGCUCGUUCCUCCCCGCAGGACAAAUACGUGCUGGUAAGUCACAUGAUUCGGAGCAAAGCUGGCCGUUCACGGCAAGUGGUUGCAGUAACGGGGGACGGAACCAAUGAUGGUCCGGCAUUGAAACGCGCUGAUGUCGGGUUCGCCAUGGGCAUUGCCGGUACAGAUGUUGCCAAAGAAGCUUCGGAUAUCAUUCUUACGGAUGACAACUUCUCGAGCAUUGUGAAGGCCGUAAUGUGGGGGCGCAAUGUGUAUGACUCCAUCACAAAGUUUCUGCAAUUCCAGUUGACGGUCAAUAUGGUCGCAAUCGUUGUGGCUUUCGCUGGUGCAUGUUUUCUAGAUGACAGUCCAUUGAAAGCCAUCCAAAUGUUGUGGGUUAACUUGAUCAUGGACACAUUGGCCAGUUUGGCUUUGGCCACCGAACAGCCUUCGAUGGAGUUGUUGGAGCGUGCACCCUAUGGUCGUAAACAACCUCUGAUCAGUCGCCAGAUGGCUAAGAACAUUCUUGGCCACGGGUUUUACCAACUAGCCAUCAUCUUCUUGCUCUUGUUUGCUGGUGAAACAUUUAUUGAAGUGGACAAUAUGAGCGGGAUCAGAGUACAUGAGCCUACGCAGCACUUCACUCUGAUCUUCAACACACUGGUCAUGAUGACGUUAUUCAACGAGUUCAACGCUCGCAAGAUCCACGGUCAACGAAAUGUGUUCAGCGGAUUGCAGCGCAAUCCACUAUUUGUCAUCAUCUGGUUCGCCACGUUCGUACUCCAAGUUCUCCUCAUCCAAUUUGGUUCGUAUGCGUUCAGUACGGCACCGCUUACUGCUGAUCAAUGGCUUUGGUGCUUGUUUUUCGGCGUUGGCGAGCUUGUCUGGGGUCAGGUUAUGAACAGUGUGCCAAACGCCAUUAUACCAAAAUGUACUUGUUGUAAGCGGAAAAGGCCUGAAGAAGAGCCUGCUGAAGGAGCCGAAGAGGAGGAAGAAGAGGAAGAGGAAGCUGAUGAAGACAGGAUUGGUCAUUUGCCAGCUCCGACUGAGAUGGCCUUGGGUGGGAAGAUUCUAUGGGUCCGCGGUGUGAACCGUAUUCAAACUCAGAUGAAAGUGGUUGAUGCCUUCCGCAUGGGACUAGGACCUCGAAUAGACCCGGAACAACGGCGAAGCAUCAGCUCAAUGGUCCUCAGGCAAGCUCAGCAUCCGACGAUUGAGUAUGCGGAUGCAGAUGCCCCAGAAGUCUGACCGUCCCGUCCUGUGCAACUUGAUUUCCUCCUCGCUCAUAACCUACUAUACGUGUAACCAUAACCGCUAUUCAUGUAGUUCCCAUUGCAUUCUGUGAGGCACACAAGGUGGAUCAGCUGACUGACGUGCGCGUGUUCCUUUGGAUUUAUGCUCGAAUUGCGCCGCCCCUUUCGCUCAUCAUACGUCGAAUUUCGGACCGAUCACAUUACUCUGAUUAACAUUUGUGUAGCCUACCGCGGCCAAGCGCGCUCCAGCUGUCUUUCUCGAAGCCUCUCAUGCCUGUUAUCCGCCCCUCCCUCUCUACUGCUACUAUUCUCGACACAUGUUUGCCUAUAGCUGCUGUUGAACCUGCCUCUUGGGAUUUGAAUGGGAAAANCACAAACUACAGUAAGACCCUCUUGGGAUUUGAAUGGGAAAAACUCAAUUUGUACUUUACAUUCUUGUGUAUGCACGCACGCACACACACACACACACAUACGAAGGCGUGUUGACUUAGUUGGCGUUUCUCGCGACCUACUAUCAUGCUAUCGUAUCCUGUGUAUGUGUACGCUUUGUGAUAGGAGUCCUGACGAUUGCAGGUAUAAGUAUACCUAUACCAAAUUGCUAGAAUGCUCACUGAUAUUGCCACCGAGCUACCUGGAUCCUCUACGACGAUAAUCGUUACCUCACUGUCUUUCGAGCCCAUGGUAUGCUGGAUGUCAUUUAUCAGCCUUCUGUUAGAGUGCUACUGCCCAUGUUGCUUCUUUAAACACAGUGACUGAACUAUUUCAUACGAAUCUUUUUAUCUGGGCCCUCCUUAGAGCAAAUGCCCCGAGAGUCCUGGUUUCCGACUCGGAUCUUGUCGGGGCUGCUUUCAUUGAUGAGUGGGUGAUCUGCUCACUUUUUCCAAGUACAGUUUUGAUCCAUUGGCCCACACGCCGACUAUUUCGAAUUCGAUUGAUCUUCGGCUUUACUCAUUGCCCCUUUGCUACGAGUACUUUCCCCUAACAGCCUGCUUCGGUCCCACUGCCAACGUUACUGGUCUACUUCACGCACAGUGCGACCUUUGAGUAAUUGUACUCUUUUUACGGCUUUUCCAAAUCAGUUUUAUUCUUCUGUGUGUGACUCCGUUUGAAACCAACUAAUCUGAGGCCACGGCGCCACAGUUAUCUAAUUCGGCUGUAACCUGAUUUCGUAACUAAUGGUACUUACGCACAACCGUGUUUGGUGUGCAGCCGCCCUCCUCACUCCAGUUUAUGGUCGCUAGUUUUCUCGCCUUCUUUGAAUACACUACCCGUAUGAUUGUCGCACCUCUUAUAACUUGUGAACAGCCCUGUCAUCAUUGCUCUGUUAUUCUUCUUCACCUACAAGCUGCAAGUAGUUUGUUAAUCCACCCGCUACGAUGUUUGAUAAACCCUGUAUAUUUCAACCGAAAUUCUCCGUUAACCGAUUGAUGGCAAGUAGGGGCCCGGUUCACCCUCAGCCUGUCUGCACCUGCUCCUCUAGACCUCUGCCCUACUCUGCAACCACGCUCCUCAACCAAACCUGCUCAUUAGUUUUAUUUGUCGUCUGAUAACCGCCCCUUCCCCUCUCCGCGUUCCCUGUGACAGAUCAUGUAUCACGUCCUCUCUGCGGCUCACUCAUCUGUUAAGGUGUGUUUUCUAUCCCUAUGUGUUCCAACGAAAUGCAUGCUCAUUGCUUCGAACAACAAAAUAUGAAAACUAUAAGUACA